AUGGUAUUAUCGUGGGACAAGGGACCGAGCGAGGGGAAGCGCCAGAAGGUCGCCAAAAAGCCCAAGGAACCCAAGUCGGAGACGGAAUCGUACGCUUCGCUGAAGCUAAUACAGGAUGCCGCGAAACGCAUAGCCCCUUUCGCGAAACUCACUCCGGUGCAUACGUGCACCUCGAUUGACGACAUGAUGUCCGACGAGACCGAUAAGAUCGAGGGCGCGACGGUCGAGCUAUUCUUCAAGUGCGAGACUUUCCAGAAGGGCGGUGCGUUCAAGUUCAGGGGCGCCAUGAACAGCAUCCUCCAGCUCUCGAAGGCAGAUUUGCAAAAAGGAGUAGUCACCCACUCCAGUGGCAACCACGCCGGGGCGCUCGCGCUUGCGGCCAAGACGAAGGGAAUUCCCAGUUACAUCGUCGUGCCCGAAGGCGCGCCUCAGUGCAAGCUCGACGCGAUCGAAACCUACGGCGGUGAGAUCACCAAGUGCGAGGCGACCGUCCCGGCCAGGGAGGCUGCGGCUGCGCGGAUUCAGGAGACGACGGGCGCCACUCUCAUUCCGCCGUACAACUACGGCCCCGUGAUUUGCGGGCAGGGCACCAUCGGCUUGGAGUUCAUGGAGCAGGUGCCGGAUCUUGACGUGGUGAUCGUGCCAAUAAGCGGCGGGGGGAUGAUUUCGGGCAUCGCCACCGCAGUGAAGGGAAUCAAAAAGGACUGCGUGGUCAUCGCAGCCGAGCCCGUCGGCGCGGGUGCCUACGCGGCUGACACAUUCGAGAGCAAGAAGAGGAAGGAGCUGGUGGAUGACCUACCCGUGCCGGACACCAUCGCUGACGGAUUGAAGGCGAAGAUGGGCUCUCUGACGUGGCCGGUGGUGAGAGAUAAGGUUGACGCGGUCAUCACGGUCACAGAGGAUGAGAUCGUGGCAGCGAUGAAGAUCAUUUACGAACGGCUGAAGCUCGUGGUUGAGCCAUCCGGGGCAGUUGGACUAGCUGCGGCGAUGUCGACCCAGUUCAAGGAAUUCAACCGAAAGAACCCACCGUGGGGAAAGAUCUCUAAGCACAAGAAAGUAGGCGUGGUGCUUUGCGGCGGUAAUGUAGACUUGGCACUACUUGCAAAGCUGUUUGCACCUUAG